AUGUGUCAACCGAUACCUCUGUACCUUCGUCUAAACUGUAUCAGGCGCCGUUACCGCACGUUCGACGGGACAUGCAACAAUCUGUGCAACAUAACCGAGGGCUCUGCCGAGACUGGAUUCGACCGCUUCCUCCCACCAGCCUUUCAGAACGGAGAUGGACCUAGACUCAUGUCUUCAUCUGGUGCUCCACUGAAGAACGCGCGAACAAUCAGUAAAAACGUGUUCAAGAGUACGUCUGAAGAUGUAGGUGGAAAACCUCCACCUUUCACUCACGUGACCAUGACGUGGGGUCAAUUUAUAGAUCAUGACAUCACGUUAACUGAGUCCAACGAGACUGCGGGAUGCGGGACCAACAACGAACAAUGUCCCACCAACAUUCCCGGAUGUAUAAGCAUACCGAUCUCACAGAACAACCCCGAUGAUCGACUGGCAAACAAUGUAACUGCACAAUGCAUUCCCCUAUCACGAUCAGCAUUGAGGGAUCGUGAACAGGUUAACUUAGUUUCAUCCUACAUUGAUGCUUCGAUGGUUUAUGGAGCUAAUUGUGAAGAGGCAGAGAGCCUCCGUGACAAAAUAGCAAAUACUGGAGCUUUACGCGUUCUCCCACUGCCAGUGAGACGCUCCGACAGGAUGCCAAUUUUACCUGAAGCUAGCCCAGAAUCCUUUUGUAAAUCACCGAGGCCUGCAGUGAGGCCUUGUUUCCUAGCUGGUGAUUUUAGGAGAGUCAAUGAAAAUCCCGCGCUUAUGGUAAUGCACACCCUUUUUGUGCGUGAACAUAAUCGCAUUGCACAGUUCCUUCAUUAUCUGAAUCCAAUAUGGCAGGAUGAAAAGCUUUUUCAGGAGGCACGAAAAAUAGUGAUUGGUCAAAUACAGCACAUUACAUACAACGAAUGGCUUCCUGUUCUGUUUCCUUCUAAAAAAUUGAGAAACGACGAGGGCAUUUUACUGGAGUCAUCUGGCCGGUUCUUCAGCGGUUACGACCCAAAUGUGAGGGCGACAACCUUAAACGCAUUUGCAGCAGCGGCUCUCAGGAUGGGUCACUCCUUGAUUCGACAGACGUUUGGACAGUUCAGUAAAGCAUUUGUACGACUGGGAGAGAUAAAUACCACAACAUUUUUCAAUCCUGACCCACUUUACACUUUAAGGAACAACGGUAUCGACGGAAUUUCUCUAGGGUUAAUAAAAGAACCAUCGCAGAAGUUUGAUAGGAACUUUGUGGAAGCUGUACGCGAAAGUCUCGUAAUAGAAGGACCAACCAUCGAGGGUUUUGUGGGAGACCUUAUGGCAAUCAACAUCCAACGUGGUCGUGACCACGCCCUACCACCUUACAUAGAAUUCAGACGAGCUUGUGACUUGGAUAAAAACUUAACCGGUGGCCUUGUCACAGAUUUUUCACAACUAACCAACAUUGACCCCGCGCAACUGGGUAAGAUUAAAGAGUCUUAUGACCAUCCUGCAGACAUAGACUUGUAUGUGGGAGGAGUCAGCGAGAGGCCACAGAAAGGGUCUAUAUUUGGGGAAACGUUCUCUUGUCUGAUUGCUCGAAGUUUCAAAAGAUACCGAUUUGGAGAUCGUUUUUGGUACGAAAGACGUGAUUCUUACACAGGAUUCACAAGCAGGCAACUGGAUUCUAUCAGAAGAGGUAGUUCCCUUGCAAGAAUCAUCUGUGAUAAUUCAGAUAAUGUGAAGGAACUUCAAAGGCGUGUAUUUGAAAGCAGCACAGUAAAGGUUCACUGUGAUGACAUUCCAUCCAUCAACUUGAACUUGUGGAGAGAGGAUCCGGGAAUGGAGGAUGAAAAUCCAUCAGCAGAAUGCGAAGCUUGCACUGAGUCCAUAAAAGAGGGCCAGGUGAUGGGGCCAGAUGACGCAAUGUCCACGGGGGCGGUCUCUGUUACAACUUAA